AUGCUUCAGUUAUGUAAUGUUGAGGAGGAAAAAGAAAAGAAUAGAGAGGAGGAAUUUUGGAAGAAACCACUUGGAGCAUGGAUAAA